GGUUGCCGGAGCUUGCAGCUGUCCGUGGAAAAGACACCUGUUCUCUGGAGCAACGACCCCAGGAGCAAUCGAACAGCCUCCGAGAUACAAGAAGCCGGCCUCCAUUCACUUCAGAGCCCUCCGGAAGAUACUUCUCUUCUGCUCCAAGCAAUUCACUCCCUCCAGAGAGCCCUUCCCCUUCCCCACAUAUACCUUAUUCCGCCGGUAUCUUUCUGUAUAUGGUCUCUGUCCAUUCAAACGCCAGCUGAUAACCCCCCACCUGUCCUCUUCUGCCUUUAAAUAGUCCAGAAAUAUCACAGGACAUACACACAACACAUCACAAUGCAGAAGGUUCACAGAAUCGCCCUCGGCCUCCUCGCCGCUGCGGCCAUCGCCACUGCUUCCGACGUUGUCCAGCUCAAGAAGGACACCUUCGACGACUUUGUCAAGGCCAACGACCUCGUCCUUGCUGAGUUCUUCGCCCCGUGGUGCGGCCACUGCAAGGCCCUCGCCCCAGAGUACGAGGAAGCUGCCACGACGCUGAAGGAGAAGAACAUCAAGCUCGCCAAGAUCGACUGCACAGAAGAGACGGAGCUCUGCCAACAACACGGCGUUGAGGGUUACCCCACCCUCAAGGUCUUCCGCGGCCUCGACAAUGUCGGCCCCUACAAGGGCCAGCGCAAGGCUGGUGCCAUCACCUCCUACAUGAUCAAGCAGUCCCUCCCCGCUGUGUCCGACGUCACCAAGGACACUCUGGAGGAGUUCAAGAAGGCCGACAAGGUCGUCAUCGUCGCCUACGUCGACGCCGCCGACAAGGCCUCCAGCGAGGCUUUCUCUGCCGUCGCUGAGAAGCUCCGCGACGACUACCCCUUCGGUGUCAGCACCGAUGCCGCUCUCGCCGAGGCCGAGGGCGUCAAGGCCCCCGCCGUCGUUGUCUACAAGGACUUUGACGAGGGCAAGUCCGUCUUCACCGAGAGGUUCGAGGCUGAGGCCAUCCAGAAGUUCGCCAAGACGGCCGCCACUCCCCUCAUCGGCGAGAUCGGCCCCGAGACCUACUCCGACUACAUGUCGGCCGGCCUUCCCCUUGCCUACAUCUUCGCCGAGACGGCCGAGGAGCGCAAGGAGAUCAGCGAGAAGCUCAAGCCCAUCGCCGAGGCCCAGCGUGGUAUUGUCAACUUUGGCACCAUCGACGCCAAGGCCUAUGGUGCCCACGCUGGCAACCUCAACCUCAAGACCGACAAGUUCCCCGCCUUCGCCAUCCAGGAGACGGCCAAGAACCAGAAGUUCCCCUUCGACCAGGAGAAGGAGAUCACCCUCGAGGCCAUCAAGACUUUCGUCGAUGACUUUGUCGCCGGCAAGGUCGAGCCUAGCAUCAAGUCUGAGCCCAUCCCCGAGAAGCAGGAGGGCCCCGUCACGGUUGUUGUUGCCAAGAGCUACAACGACAUUGUCCUUGACGACACCAAGGAUGUCCUCAUCGAGUUCUACGCCCCCUGGUGCGGUCACUGCAAGUCCCUUGCUCCCAAGUACGACGAGCUCGCCAGCCUCUACGCCAAGAGCGAGUUCAAGGACAAGGUUGUCAUUGCCAAGGUUGAUGCCACUGCCAACGACGUUCCCGAUGAGAUUCAGGGCUUCCCCACCAUCAAGCUCUACCCCGCCGGCGCCAAGAACGAGCCCGUCACCUACUCUGGCUCCCGCACCGUUGAUGACCUUAUCAAGUUCGUUGCCGAGAACGGCAAGUACAAGGCUUCCGUCUCUGAGGAGGCUGAGGAGCCAUCAGCUGCGCCCGCCGCUUCUGAGGAGGCCAGCUCUGCCGAGCCCGCGGCCGAGACCAAGGAGGCUGCCAAGGAGGCCGACCACGACGAGCUCUAGAAGAGGAGCGGAUUCUUGUAUUUUAAGCAUUUCUUACGGGGUUAUCAGGGACAAUGGGUGGAAUGACACGCCUGGGAUUUUCUGGGGACUGGGAGCAACCAAAAUACCUAUACCUUUGUGCAUCUGGUUAAUGAAAUUGAAGUUAUGAUGAAUACAUGUUUUUUUCUUUUCAUUUUUUCC